AUGGCAGACCAAUCAAUGUAUAACACUCUCGGUCAGGGAACCUCUCCCGCUGAAGACCCCUCGAAUCCGAAUCGAAUGGCUCACCAAGUUCCUCCACAAUCACAACCUGCUGCCGGAUUUCCUCCCGGUCCUUACCCUCCUCAGCCUGGAGCUUACUACGGGAACCCUCCCCCAAACCAAUAUGAUGCACCUGCUGCAGCACCACCAACACAGCAGCUGCAAUCUCCACCUCCGCGGGGCCUGGCACCUAGUCCUCAACUUGCCUACGGUACCGAGACACAGACACAUAUGGGAGCACCCGCAGACCCAAUGGCAGGAUUGGCUUCGCAAAUGAGCGGCUUGGGAAUAAUGGGGGAUAGCGGCGCCCGUCCAGGAAAGAAGAAGCACCGACAUGCGCACCAUGAAAUUGGGGGAGCUACUGCUUCGGCGCCUCAGCAGUUUGCCGGAAUGCCACAGGCAGGCAUGCAGCCUUCAUCCCAGUUCCUGAAUACUGGGUUGAAUCAGGCACCACGUCCGAUUUCACCCGCCGCUGGUGUUCCGCCAGCGGGGAUUGUCCCUCAGCCAGGUGUUCCAGCCCCAGGCUCAGGCUCAGUCCCUACCCAGGGCAAGAUAGAUCCGGAGCAGAUUCCAAGCAUCCCCCAGUCUCGCGACAUACCGACAAUGUACUACUUCGACCAUAUUUAUCCGACGAUGGAACGACACCUGCCCCCUCCGGCAGCUGUGCCCUUCGUGGCCCACGACCAAGGAAACUCAUCCCCUAAGCAUGCCCGCCUGACAUUGAACAACAUCCCCACCACCUCCGACUUUCUCUCUUCCACCGCUCUGCCCCUAGGAAUGGUUCUACAACCCCUGGCUCGCCUCGACCCAGGCGAGCCCGAGGUACCAGUGCUCGAUUUUGGCGAAAUGGGUCCUCCGCGAUGCCGCAGGUGCAGGGCGUACAUCAAUCCCUUUAUGACGUUUAGGUCCGGAGGAAAUAAGUUUGUCUGUAACAUGUGCACCUUCCCCAAUGAUGUAGCACCAGAAUACUUUGCCCCACUUGAUAUGUCCGGGGCGCGUGUCGACCGUCUGCAACGCCCGGAGUUGAUGAUUGGUACAGUCGAGUUCAUGGUCCCGAAGGAGUACUGGAACAAGGAGCCUGUCGGUCUCCAGCGGCUCUUCUUGAUUGACGUCAGUCAAGAAUCGGUGAACCGAGGUUUCCUAAAGGGGGUGUGCAAAGGGAUCACAGAAGCUUUAUACGGCGCUCCAGAUGCUUCCGAAGAGGAUGCAGCAGCGCGACGAGUGCCUGAGGGCUCGAAGAUUGGUAUUGUCACCUACGAUAGAGAAGUGCACUUCUACAAUCUCAGCGCCCAACUUGAUCAAGCACAGAUGAUGGUGAUGACGGAUUUGGAGGAACCAUUCGUUCCUUUAAGCGAGGGGCUGUUUGUAGAUCCCUACGAAUCAAAGGAUAUCAUUACUUCUCUGCUACAUCGAAUCCCCAAGAUAUUCUCACACAUAAAGAAACCUGAGCCAGCUCUACUCCCAGCUCUCAAUGCAGCAAUGUCUGCUCUGCAAGCUACCGGUGGAAAGAUUUUCGCGUCUAUAUGCAGCUUACCUACUUGGGGCCCCGGCGCCUUGCAUAUGAGGGACGACCCUAAAGUGCAUGGCACGGAUGCGGAACGGAAACUAUUCACCACAGACAACCAGGCAUGGAGAACAACCGCUGGAAAGAUGGCCGAACAUGGCAUCGGUGUUGACAUGUUCGUGGCGGCACCUGGCGGGACGUAUGUUGAUGUAGCUACGAUAGGCCAUGUUGCCGAAGUAUCGGGCGGGGAGACAUUCUUCUACCCCAAUUUCCACGCUCCGCGAGACAUACUGAAGCUUUCGCAGGAGUUCGCACAUGCAGUUACUCGCGAGACAGGCUAUCAGGCAAUGAUGAAGGUCCGUUGUUCCAACGGUCUCCAGGUAUCGGCAUAUCAUGGCAACUUUAUACAACAUGCGCUCGGGGCCGACCUGGAGAUCGGAUCAAUUGAUGCCGACAAGGCGAUUGGUGUCAUGUUCAGUUAUGAUGGCAAGCUUGACCCCAAACUGGAUGCACACUUUCAAGCCGCCUUGCUGUAUACUACGGCCGAAGGGCAGCGACGGGUGCGCUGUAUCAACGUGGUGGCAGCAGUCAAUGAAGGAGGCUUGGAAACGAUGAAAUUCAUAGACCAGGAUUGUGUUGUGAGCAUUAUGGCUAAAGAGGCGGCUGCCAAAACCGUGGACAAAUCGCUCAAGGACAUUCGGGCCAGCAUUACAGAGAAGACCGUGGACAUCUUCAGCGGCUACCGCAAGGUCUUCUCUGGGUCACACCCACCGGGGCAACUUGUACUCCCGGAGAACCUCAAAGAGUUUUCCAUGUAUAUGCUGGCCUUGAUCAAAUCACGAGCAUUCAAGGGCGGCCAAGAAGCAUCGGACCGACGGAUUCACGACAUGCGGAUGCUACGCUCGAUUGGGGCCACCGAACUAGCCCUGUACCUGUAUCCCCGGGUCAUUCCGAUCCACAACAUGCAACCCGAAGAUGGCUUCCCCAAUGAGCAAGGCCAACUGCAGGUCCCACCGUCCCUUCGAGCCAGCUUCUCGAAGAUUGAGGAGGGUGGGGCGUAUCUCGUGGACAAUGGCCAGAUCUGUCUGUUGUGGCUCCAUUCUCGGGUAUCACCCAACCUGCUGGAGGAUCUCCUUGGACCCGGGCAGUCGUCGCUUCAGGGACUCAACCCCCAGACGUCGUCGCUCCCAGUGUUGGAGACCCAUUUGAAUGCGCAGGUGCGCAAUCUACUGCAGUACUUCUCGACCAUGCGAGGGUCCAAGUCGGUUGCGAUCCAGUUAGCUCGGCAAGGAUUGGAUGGGGCAGAGUAUGAGUUCGCACGGUUACUGGUGGAGGACCGCAACAAUGAAGCGCAGAGCUACGUGGAUUGGCUGGUACACAUUCAUCGGCAAAUCAACUUGGAGCUGGCGGGUCAUCGCAAGCGCGAGGAUACAUCUGCCGAGGGUUCGUUGACCAGUCUCGCCGGUCUCCGCGCUCCGUACUGGUGA